AUGGACCAGUAUCUGUUGAAAAUUGUCAUAAUUGGGAACUCUAGAGUUGGCAAAACUUCCCUGCUGACAAGAUACAUUGAUGACAGAUUCACAGAAAAUCACAACACAACAAUUGGUGUGGAUUUCAUGGUGAAGGAUUUGGUUCAGGAAGGCAAGAUUGCCAAACUGCAGUUGUGGGACACGGCAGGGCAGGAGAGAUUCAGGAACAUCGUUUCUCUCUUCUACCGCGGAGCUGAGGGUCUUGUGGUUGUCUUUGAUGUAACUGAUGGCGAAAGCUUCAAGAAGGUUCCAUUCUGGCUGGAGGAAGCCAUGACACAAAAUGAGGCAGACUGUAUAGCAAUUCUGGUAGGAAAUAAAACAGACAUGCCAAACAGAGCUGUGGAUAAAGAGACAGCUCAAGCGUUUGCUGACCAACAUGGCAUCCAGUACAUUGAGACUAGUGCAAAAUCUGCUGCCAAUGUGCAUGAGCUGUUUGAUGCCAUGGCAGAAGCCAUCCUCAAAAGAAAGACAGAGUUAGGUCUUCCACCACUGGUCACUAAUUCCAUGGAGCAGAGCUUUAUCAUCCAAUCAACAGAUGUUUCUCAAGCCAGCUGGUGUGGCUGGGGCAGUGGCUACUGCUCUUCAGAAUAG